AUGGAAUUAAAUGGGAACAAAAUUGUGAGUUUUUGCAACUCAUCAGUCCUCUUUAGGCUUUUUGAUGAUUUUUUCACCAAUGCUUCUCUUUCGUCCUCUAUUCAUGCCUCCUUUAUCUCUUUGAUUCUGAAAGUUGUGGGUGCCUCAAGAGCAAAUGAUUUUAGACCAAUCAGUCUGAUCCAUGGUGUUUAUAAAAUUGUUUCUAAAGUGUUGGCUGCUAGGCUCAAGAAAGUACUCCCUCUAAUCAUCAGUAAGAAUCAAUGUGCUUUUGUUUCAGGUAGGCAAAUUCUUGACGGUUUUCUCAUUGCUUCAGAAGUAAUUGAUUUUCACAAGAAGGCUGGGGAGGGAUCUAUCAAGAAUGGCCAUCUCAAAGGUGUUAAAGUAGGUGCUAGAAGCUAUAGCUUCUCCAUUUCUCAUUUAUGCUUCGCAAAUGAUACUCUCCUUCUCACUACUCCUCAUAUUGAUAAUAUUUUGGCAAUCUCAAGAAUCCUUUAUUGUUUUUAUUAUAUGUCUGGCUUGAGUGUCAAUUUCCAUAAGAGUAUGCUUUUUGGUAUUGGUGUUUCUUUGGAUGUGACUCAGGAAGCUGCCAAUCUCUGUUGCUGUAAAGUUCUCUCAAUGCCUGGAAUGUUAACUUUGAUCAAUUCAUGCAUCAGCAGCUUGCCUCUUUAUUAUCUUUCUAUCUUUAAGGUGGGUGGUGGGCUUUCUAUAGCUGUGGGUAAUAAAUUGUCCCCUAUUUGGGCUGACAUCCAAAGGGAUGCAUCUUUCAUUUUAGAAAAUAUAUCUUUUGCUAUUGAUCAGGAUGCUAUGAUGGUGAUCUGGGUUAUUAGGAUAAUGGAAUUUGGAUUUGGAAGCUCUUAUGGAAGCCCAACCUAUGGGAGUGGGAGUUUAUCUCUUUGA